UCAACCCGUCUCACUGUUCAGAAGCACAAACCAGCUAUAUAGGCCGUCGACCGCCAUUCGGCCAUUGUAUCGACUGAUCACCGUCGACCAUCCCUUUGUCGACCCAUCACCAACACUAUAGUUCAAGAUGCUUGCACUGCACAACCCGUCUGUUCCGGCCGUGAGCAACCGGCCUCAGUUCAUGACCACUCAGCCGGAAACGACAAUAAAAACAGCGAUGGCCGCCGGCCUGGGGAGCAGUCUAGUGCUGUUCCACGGUCUUCACAGUCUAUCACCACACAUCUUCGCCCAGGCGGGACUACCACCAUCGCCAACAUCGCCGCGAUCACCAGUAUCGCCACACACUCCAGACACGAAAAUGGGCGGCUGCGCCUCCAAAGAUGCCUCCCCCCACCACCACCGUCAAGGCGCUGGAUACGCCUCGACCGAGAAUCUCAACCCCCGCCCCUACCAGCACCAGCACCAGCGCCAACAACAACAACCAAAGCACAGCAGCAGGAGGAGAACCCCCCACCCGGAAUACCGCCUGCACCUGACCUGCGCAAGCUGCACCGCCUCGCGCAGGGACUGCUCCAUCGCGCGCGACUACAACAUGCAGUGCGCCCUGGCCUACACAGAUUCUCCGAGGGGUAGGGGUAGUGAGCAGCAGCAGGCGGUGAGCCAAUCGCUCAAGACGUGGACGGUCGAGCUCGACUUCUGCAGCUGGGCCAAGGUCAAGCGCGACGAGGCGGACCGCGCGAAGGCCGUGUUGGCGGAUUAUCUAGGGGAUCCGUAUUCCUACGGCGAGGAUCCGAGGGAAUAUCGCGGGAAGGGGAGUCGGAGGAGGCCGAUCUGUGUUGAGGAAUUCAAGGAGAAGUUGGGUGGUAGGGGGGUUGGGUUUAGGAGUAGUCUCUGAUCUAGGUUUGUUUUGUUUUCCAACUUUCUCAUUUUUCUUUGGUAUGCUGGAUGAGGCGCAAGAUGCUCUCGUGGUCGUUGACAGGCCUCUGAGGAUUGGGUUUGGUACCAUGGGCAUGGCGCUUGUGAGUUUGGACCGCGCGUUCCGUGAGGACGGCAGCUGGGAGAAGCAUAUUGCAUGUUCCCUUUAAAAGGGCGGGAAUGAUAAUGGGCUGGCGCAAAACGAUAGAGAUGUAAUACCCAUUGCUGAAUAUAGCAUACUAGUACUGAACAGAUUGCUUGUCUCUUUGCCAAUGCUUUAGUCGUGAUGUAUCUGAUUUCUUAGCUGCCGUUUUUGUAAGGUACCUUACCCUUCCUAACAGAAGUCAAAGAACG